CAUUUCGGACAAUAAUACAGCGUAAGGCCGGAAACAUUAGACAGCGGAAAAGAAGCAAACUACACAUUUUCAAAGUAGGCUAUUUCUGAGAUAACUAGCUAGCAGUCAUGUCGAGCACAGAUAUAUUUCAGACACAGUUAUCCCAAAUUAUGGGGUUAUUAGUUGAAUCAACAGUUAGCGAGAUGGAGCGACUUCUCGAUGUGUGUGCUGCUGUUUUGGAGAAUAAAGACAAUCGUUUCCUGAAGAGAGAAAUGGAGCGUGUGAAUACAACCAACAAAAUAGAGUUUGCGUCAUUCAUGGAAGUGUUGCGUAAAAGCUCGAUGGAGAAAAUAUCAUUACUAAUGACUGUGGCCGAGAUGGAGGUGAGAGCGGUGGAGAAGACUGGUGGAGAAGGCACAAGUGGUGGAGAAGCAGUGAACUUGGAUAACCCAGAAGUAAAAUCACGUGUAAUUAUAAUCUGUCCAGGAGAUAUUAGAGAUGCAUUUGAGACUCAAAAAGGAGCCGUAAAGGAUGAGGGAUCUUCUGAGUCUGAUAGUCAGGGGGAGGACCCUGGCUUUGCCCCCCUUCCCUCACCUUCAUCAGACGAGGAAUGGCUCCCUGAGGUUGACCCCAGCCAGGAUGAUCACCUUGACCCUCAGGCACCAUCUGCAUCUAGGUUGAAGAUACCCAGAUCUGCAUCGGAACCAUACACACAAGACGCAGGUAGGGAUGGAGAAGAGCAAGAUGUCCAAUGUGGAGAUUCUGCAGACGCCGCCCACCAGGCGCCCCUCAUCUGUUCCCACUGUGGAAAAUGUUUCAAGGAGAAAUGGUAUCUGACGAGACACCUUCAGUCCCAUACGAAAUCUUACAGGUGCUCUCAUUGUGGGAAAGGUUUUAAUCUGGCUAAACAGCUAGCGAAACAUUCCAUUAAACACCAAGAGAACACCUUCAGUUGUACCGAUUGCGAUGCAGUGUUUCGUCAGAAAUGUACUUUGCAGUCACACAAGAAACGUCACAAAACGGAGAAGACGGUCACCUGCGCAGUGUGUGAAAAAAAGUUUGUAGGAGAAAGGCACAAGUGCAUUGUAAAGGGGAGGACAUUCAGCUGCUCUUCCUGCCCAAAGGUCUUAAAGACCAGAGAAGGAUUGUCUUAUCACCAGGGAACACACUCUGGGGAGAGGAAGUAUUGCUGCGAGACGUGCGGCAAAACGUUCUUCACCGCUGUGUCCUUAAAAACCCAUAUGAUGACUCAUAAAGAGAAGGAUUAUAGCUGUACUGUAUGUGGCCAACGUUUCAACAAUGGACAUGUUCUCAGAAAGCACAUGGUAGCCAGCCACCCUGGAGAAACGCCAGAGAAAUGCUUCGUCUGCGACGUGUGUGGCAAAUGUUUCGCCAAAAGAGACCAUCUGUAUAAACACAUGAGGAGACACAAGGAAGAAAAACCCUUUUCUUGUGACGUUUGUGGCAAAAAGUUUCAUUCCUCGGGUAAUUGCAAAAGACACGAGCUAACGCACACAGGUGAGAAACUCUAUCACUGUGACCUUUGUGGGAAAAGUUUUACCCAGUCCGGAACCCUAACCAUACAUAAACUAAACACGCACACAGAAGGUGAAGAAAAGCCUUCUUUCAAGUGUGAGAUUUGUGGGGAAGUUUUUCCAAGACGUUAUACCCUAAAAAAUCAUAUGGUCACUCACACAGGGAAGAAACCAUGUCAAUGUAGCGUUUGUGGGAAAGGUUUCUUUAGCAAUCCUACACUUAAAGCUCACAUGCUCAUUCACACAGGGGAGAAACCGUUUGAGUGUGAUCAAUGUGGGAAAAGGUUCACCCAGUCAAGUCAUCUAAAAUAUCACGAGCGACAUGUGCACACUGGUGUCAAACCAUUCGUGUGCGACAUCUGUGGGAAGGCCUAUGCAAAUAGACAGAAUCUGAAACUCCACAAGUGCAGUGCUUCUGCUAAACAGUAGGUCUGUGCAGUGCUUCUGCUAAACGGUAGGUCUGUGCAGUGCUUCUGCUAAACGGUAGUAAUCUAGCGUCACAACUAGAUAAUUGUCACCCUGUUAAUGAGCAAUAUAUUUUUUGAAUGGACCCAUUCCAUGCUCCUCCACGUGAAGGGGAAAAUGCCAAAUAAAACUAACCAGGUUUCCAUCCAACCUUUUAAUGCCGGUAAAGUGCAUGUGGGAUUGAAAAAAAUUGUAAUUAUUAAAUUUGCGAACAGAACAAAAUACGCUCGACAGCGUCAGAUCUGUUUGUGUCUGUAAAAAUAUUUAUGCAGGAAUUUGCGGUGGAAAUGCCUCUAUGCGCAAAUAUUGAUAUAAUAACCAUCAUAUCGAAGUGAACUUGGAGUCACGCGAUAUGUUGUGUGGUCCUCCCACUACGACUGGGUAAACCCACGCAGUUUAUUAGACUACAGAUGAAAUAAGUUCUGAUGGAACUUCACAGGGUGGUGAAUGUGCACAGUAAUGAUCUUGAUGCUCCUUUCCAAUAAAUAUUGAGGGUCUGAUUCUGGUGACAUGAGGAUCGAUGCUUGACUGCCGUUUUGACAAGUAAAAAUAAUCUCACUCUUUUGUCCAUAAUAAUCUCAUCAUGUAGGUAGUUUUACCCGCACUGUAUCUGUGAGCUGGUGGCUAGAGCACACUGCCAAGACCCAGAGUGGACACAUUCACUAUAGAACACAAAACAUUUUGUGACAACUGUCAGCAUAGUUGAAAAGAAAAUGGAAUCCCAUUUUUAACUUUAGUUUUUUUAAUUUGGUAACGUUACAUUGGAAUUUAAGCGCAAAAGUUAUUAUGUGUCACUGUGUCAUCACGCACAUUAUUUUAUCAACAAGUCAAUUUAUGAAAACUCAUCCCAGGUGGGAAAAUAUGAAGAUUGUUUUUAAUGCAGAUUUUAGAAUAUUCGCAUUAAAAUCUAUCUCCAAUUGGAUGGAAACCUUGCUAUUUUAAGGGAAAUAAUCUGUGUAAAAAUAAAAAAUGUAUCUCCUUUGAGUGUUUUUGUUAUGACUGGACUCUGUGUCCUGGCACCAGACAGACCGUGCAGUGGCUAGCUCCAUCACAAUGUCCUUGUAUUGAUCCUGCUGCUUCUAAUUGGAGACCUUCAUAUUGUUAGGAGUCUGUUAUUGAUUGUCUACUCAUUAUCAAUCAAUAGAUGAGCUCAUUUUCCUAUGUCAUCCGGUCACCUGGUCUUUAUGAUUAAAAAAAAAAAAAAAAAAACUUUUGCCCUUUUGCUUUUAUUUAGAUGAGAUCAAUGUUUUUUUAUUUGUUUUAUUUUUGUUGUUGGCACUCAAAUAGCAGUGAAAUCAAAAGAGAGAAUUUGUGAUUUUUACCCCCAGCAUAGUUUCUUCGGCUUUAAAUGCAAAUAUUCUGUAUUUUAAAUAAAUAAACAAAUUAGCCUCUG